UCAUAGUUAUUAAUAUAACAAAUUGUAUAGUAAUAUAAUUACAUAAUAUAUGUUAUACAUUACUUAAAUGUUAUUUAAGUAAUGUAAUUACUUUCUUUUUAAGCAUCUCUACGUGUGUUUUCAAUGCAUACUUUGUUAGAAGCAGAAACCAUAGGUUUAAAUCUUAUACCUGUUGAAGUAAAGUUAUAACAUGUAUAUCAAAAAGUAUAAGUGAAAAUAAAAAUGAUGAAGAUUUUGAUAUUGUUAAUGAAAGAUCCAUUCAAAAUAAAAAAGAAAGUGUAGAUACACAAGUCAGGUAUAAUCAGAGAAAGUAAACGAAAAUUGACAGCAUUAACAACCUCCAUUAAAAUAAAGGUAGCCUUUUCCCUUAAAAUAUCAAAAGGAAGUUUUGAAGAACAGUCAAGUUUUAAUAAUGAGUAUAUGAAAAAAGCAAACUUGUUUGAUAAAAUGAUGGUAUUGUUAACAAAAUUGCAACAUCAAAAAAAGUACAACUUGCGACACACAGAAUUGUUACUUUAUAUUGUCUGUGAUAUAACUAAUAAAGACUGUAUGAUGAGGAAAUGUAAAAAAUGCCCAGCAACUAUGAAUACAUUGGUUGAAAAACUUUAUGAUAUACUUGGAGAAUUUGAAGAUGAUGAUGAGAUUGAGUUUGAUCAAUGGGCAACAACAGAUAGGUCAGACUUGACACAUAAUAAAGAGCCAGUGUUUGAUUACAUUGAACUAGUAUGUAUAAAACUGGAAAAACUUGCACCACAUUCGUAUUUAGCAAAGAGUCAAGCAUUAUACCUGAGAUCAAGAAAGGAAGAUAUGAAUGAGGAAACAGCAUUAUUUCUGGGUGGUUUUUCAGAAAACUAUAAAUUUGUAGUUCAGGAUGAUAUGCAAAGCUUUUAUUGGACAAAUUUACAAUGUACACUUCAUCCAGUGAUUAUUUAUUUCAAAAAAGAAGGCAUUCUUAAGCACAACUCCUAUUGUAUUAUUUUGGAUGAUAUGAUCCAUGAUGUGAACAUGGUUUAUAAAAUUAUUGAGGUUGUUUGCAAUGAUAUAAAAUCAAACUUGCCUCAAAUAAAAAAUAUUGAAUACUUUUCAGAUGGGUGUGCAGGUCAGUAUAAGAAUUGCAAAAAUAUGUUAAAUCUUUGUUUCCAUUGUGAAGAUUUUGGUUUUACUGCUAAAUGGAACUUUUUUGCAAUUAGUCACGGUAAGCAACUUUGUGAUGGGAUAGGUGGUACAGUCAAACGUCUGGCAACACUAGCAAGUUUGCAAAGAGAUAUGGGUAAUCAUAUUUUAUCUCCACAAACAAUGUAUAAAUGUUGCAAUGAAAACAUUGAAGGCAUAAAUUUCAUAUAUAUUUCAUCAGAAGAUUUAACUUUGGUGAGAACCGCUCUUAAAGAACGAUUGGAUGCUGCUAAUACAAUACCUGAAACACGUAGUUACCAUCAGUUUGUACCCCUUGGCCAUCAAAAGGUAGGCACUAAGCUAUGCAGUGUUGAUGAAGAAUUCGCUUUAAUUCAUGACUUUAGAAAUAUCCAGAUAACAACUGUAAACCUAGUGUCAGGUGAUUAUGCCUGUGUUUCCUAUGAGCAAAGUGGUGGAUAGGAGUCAUUGAAGAUAUUAAUUUAGAAGAAAAAGAUGUGCUUGUAAAAUUUGUGUCCUAAUGGUCCUGCACGGUUUUUUUAAUGGCCACCAAAGGAAAGCCAAUGCUGGAUUCUUGAUGUCCACAUUAUUUGCAAAGUUGAGGUACCGAUAACGAAAACAGGACUUUGCUACUAUCUAGCCAAAGAAGACUUAAAAAAAAAUUUUUUUCCUAAGAAUGUAGAGAUUUUUAUAUU